ACUGAGAGUUCCCAGGCGGGGCUGGAGGACGCCGCGCCCUGACCUGCGAGGGCAGCCGGCCGGCUUUUCUCUCCGAGAGCCGCGCGCCGACCCGUGUCCCCCGGACCGCGGAGAGAACUUUCUGACCGUGGUCGGGAGGAGCCGCGGACUCACGCAGAUUUUGAAUCAUCCUCUGGCAUUUCCUGACAGAGCUGAAUGUUGGACAAAUCUUUUGCACUGUGAAAGGUGAAGGGAGCAGAUACAGCCCAGCAGUAAGCUCCUGAAGAAAGCAUUCACAGGUUUUUGGAAGGUGACCAUGAAGACCGAAGAAACUACAUUUCUGAUAUGAUACUUGAGCAUUAAUGACUGCGUACUACAUUUCCAUGAAAAUUAAAUAUGACUUAGAAGCGUUGAAGAAGUUUUAUGAUGUCAUCGGUUUCAACAGAAAGCAAACUCCGGCAGGCUGUGAGCCUGCAGGGAGUUGACCCACAAACAUGCAUGAUUGUGUUUGAGAACCACUGGGCACAGGUGGUGAAGAUCUUAGAGAAGCAUGACCCCUUGAAAAACGCGCAGGCAAAGCAUGGGUCCAUCCCCCCGGACGAGGCCAGUGCCGUGCAGAACUAUGUGGAACACAUGCUCUUCCUGCUCAUUGAGGAGCAGGCCAAAGGCGCUGCCAUGGGGCCAAUUCUGGAGUUCGUGGUCUCUGAGAACAUCAUGGAAAAGCUCUUCCUCUGGAGCUUGAGACGGGAAUUCACAGAUGAGACUAAAAUCGAGCAGCUGAAGAUGUACGAGAUGUUGGUGACGCAGUCCCACCAGCCUCUGCUGCACCACAAGCCCAUUCUGAAGCCCCUGAUGAUGUUACUGAGCUCUUGUUCCGGGGCCGCCACCCCCGCUGUGGAGGCGAAGCUCGUUGUCCUGCUCAACCAGCUCUGUUCCAUCCUUGCCAGAGACCCGUCCGUUCUGGAACUCUUCUUCCACACUAGUGAGGACCAAGGAGCCGCCAAUUUCCUCAUCUUCUCUCUCCUCAUCCCUUUCAUCCAUCGCGAGGGUACAGUAGGCCAGCAGGCUCGGGACGCUUUGCUGUUUAUCAUGUCUCUCUCUGCUGAGAACAGUGUGGUGGCCCAUCACAUCGUGGAGAACACCUACUUCUGCCCAGUGCUUGCAACCGGCCUCAGUGGUCUCUACUCUUCCCUGCCCACGAAGCUGGAGGAGAAGGGCGAAGAGUGGCACUGCCUCCUGAAAGACGACUGGCUCUUGCUGCCGGCCCUUGUGCAGUUCAUGAACUCUCUGGAGUUCUGCAACGCAGUGAUCCAGGUGGCCCACCCCUUGAUCCGCAGUCAGCUUGUUAACUACAUUUACAAUGGAUUUCUGGUACCCGUCUUGGCUCCUGCCCUCCACAAGGUCACGGUGGAGGAGGUCAUGACCACAACUGCAUACCUGGAUCUUUUCCUGCGCAGCAUCUCUGAGCCGGCGCUGCUGGAGAUCUUCCUCCGCUUCAUCUUGUUGCACCAGCACGAGAAUGUGCACAUUCUCGACACGCUCACUAGCCGGAUCAACACCCCGUUCCGGCUUUGCGUGGUGUCCCUGGCGUUAUUCAGAACUCUGAUUGGUUUACAUUGUGAAGAUGUGAUGUUACAACUCAUUUUAAGGUAUCUGAUUCCCUGCAAUCACAUGAUGCUCAGUCAGAGGUGGGCUGUGAAGGAGAGAGACUGUUACUCCGUGUCUGCGGCCAGGCUGCUCGCCCUGACCCCAGUGUGCUGUGCCAGCGGCAUCACGCUGACGCUGGGAAACCAGGAGAGGGACUACAUUCUCUGGUCCAAGUGUACACACGAUGGUUCAGGGCUGGAGGAGCAGCUGUGGUCUGAGGCGCCUACUCCAUCCUCUGCACCCUCUCCCCCGUCCCCAGCGGCCUGCAUCGUGGAGUACGGGAAGGCCCUGGACAUCAGCUACCUGCAGUACCUGUGGGAGGCCCACAGCAACAUCCUGCACUGCAUGAGGGACUGUCGCGUCUGGUCGGCCCUCUAUGACGGGGAGUCCCCUGACCCCGAGACUUUCCUGCACGGUCUCCCGGAGGAGAGCUGCACUGGCUCGGCCCACCCAGAGGCCAGGCUCCCACAGCAGCACCCCGGGACCGUGCCAGCCAGGGACAAGACCCAGACCGAGUUGGAGUGGGACGACAGCUAUGACACCGGGAUCUCCUCAGGGGCCGACGUGGGUUCCCCUGGAGCUUACGAGGAUCUGGAAACUUCAGCUCCCGCGGCCCCUGUGGAUCCCCCCAAACACAUCCAAGAGAUGAAGAGGAACGCCAUCCUGCUCGUCAAAGGGUCCUACAUCGAAGAGUCGGACUUCCAGGAUGACGUGAUGGUGUACAGGCUGUGCGCCCAGAAGGACUCCGAGGACGCCAGGGAGCAGCGUGAGGAAGCCACUGGCCCCCCAGCCGAGGCCCAGCCCGAGGCUCAGAGUCUCCCCGUGAGCAAUGGUCCCCUCCUCAGCCCCCAGCCCGAGGCCGAGUCAGAGCCCAGCAGGGACAGCUCAGGCCUGGGCCACAACGGGUACAAGGAAGCCAAGCGACAGAGUGAGCCUGGCGUGGCCUCAGAACCCAAUUCAGAAUGCUCAGCCCCAGGAUCUGAAGCUGAGCCCCUGCCUGACCUGCCCAUCGCCAGCCCCGAGGGCGAAGAUUUCAUUGCCCAGUGCGACCAGAUCAUCCAAGAGCUGGAUUCCGGCACCGAGGGCCUGAUGGACGACGGCCUCCCCGCUCCCACACCUGUACUUGUCACAAAGGAAGAAGAGAGCAAAGAGGAAAAGGGAAAGGAUGAAAGCAAAAGAGAGGAGGAGGAGGAGGAGGAAGACUUUGACUCCCUCAUGGCAGACACUCCGGCUGUGGAGACCGUGCCUUCCCCGUUUGGGAUGAGAGAGGACAUCGCUGCCGGCCACCAUCCCAUGAGGACUCAAAACGCCCCGUUCACAGGUCCGUUCAUCAGUGUGGUCCUGUCGAAGCUGGAGAACAUGCUGGAGAAUUCUCUGCACGUCAACCUGUUGCUCAUUGGGAUCAUCACCCAGCUGGCCAGCUACCCCCAGCCACUCCUGCGCUCCUUUCUCCUUAACACCAACAUGGUCUUCCAGCCUAGCGUCCGCUCUCUCUACCAGGUCCUUGCAUCUGUAAAGAACAAGAUUGAGCAGUUUGCUUCUGUGGAGAGAGACUUCCCAGGCCUCCUUAUCCAAGCCCAGCAGUACCUGCUUUUCCGAGUGGACAUGUCUGAUGUGACCCCAGCAGCACUAACCAAAGAUCCCAUCCAGGAGGCCUCCAGAACAGGAGGAGGCAAGAGCCUUUUGGAUGCUCCUCCAAGAGUGCUCCAGCCAUUCCUGAGCAACAGAGCCAAGGUGACUGGGGCACCCCCAAACCUGCCCCUGCCUGUGAGGAACACCAUGCUGGCCGCUGCUCUCUUCCCCGAGUUCCUGAAGGAGCUGGCGGCCUUGGCCCAGGAGCACUCCAUUCUGUGCUACAAGAUCCUGGGGGACUUCGAGGACUCCUUCUGUUAGCGGGUUUCUGUUUCUUUUCAAUCAAGAUUGUUUCAUAAGGCUAAGAGUGUCUUAACUGGAUGUUAAGUGCAAAGCUGCUUAUCCACAACGUCUACUUGGAUAUUUCCUGACGAUACUUGAUUUCUGGGGAGGGGCUUUCUGUGGCCGAGCCUUCCCCGGUCACAGGGGACGUAAGUCUCAUGAGCUGGUUGUCCCCUUGGCAGUUCUCUUUGCUCGGCCCUUCUCCUCACAUGGUUUGGUGGCUGUUCUUCCAUCCCAUGGGUCAUGCCCGUUGCAGCUCAGAUAGCACCGAGCGGACAGUAGCAUCCAGUGCUUGCUGGGCAAGCCCCGGGGUGAAGGGCGCCUCUGCAGCUGCGUGAACGUGCCUGCGGCCUUCUACAGCCCGCUGCGCCUCGGCCUCUCUUCUGUGCGGGGGAAGAUCAAACAUGGAGCUCCUUCUGCCUCACCACACAGGCACGCUUCGCUUGUCGUUUUGAAUCUUAUUUCUAGACUUACGUUCUCUCCACAUGUAUUGCCUUAUGUCGUGGGAAAAUUCCCCAGCCCCAGCUCUCUGCUGGGGAAAUGACAUGUAGCUAGAGAGAAUCUGGAAUGCAGGGAGUUAUUUCUUGUUGCUUGAGAGCUUUCUUUAUAAUCAACCCCAGCAGCUACCAAAACACUGCAGACAGCCUUAUUUCAGUAGGACGAAAGCAUACCUAUGCAAACUGUUACUUCAGUCUUUAGCCAUUUGUUUGAUCAAAAGUGUGUUAUUAUAUAUUGAUACGAAAACCAGCCGUCAUUUUUACAAGUGUUUUAUGAACACAAACAGGAACUUGUGAAGCUA